GAGAAGGACCUCGGGACUCACACAGCGCUUGGCCCGAGCCCCCGCCACCGAGGGAAAGGAGGCUGCUGCCAAGGGCUGGGGGAGUGGACUCCUCUCUGGUCGGGACCCAAGGCACCGGCGCCACCGAGACAUUGUGUGAGCUGGGCUGGGCCUCAGACACAGCCGGGGAGGUGCCGGCAUGGGAAGGGCUUUAAAUCCAGCUGCCGCCUAGGCGGGAGAGCGGAGAGGGCCGGCCACCAUGCACAGCUCCUGUGGCCUCUGGGCGCUGCUGCUGCUGCUGCUCACCAUGGGCCCCGCCACGGCCCUCAAGGAGGAUGAGAGACAGCUGAUGGUCCAGCUGCACAACCUCUACCGCGCCCAAGUGUCUCCGCCCGCCUCAGACAUGCUGCAGAUGCGAUGGGACCCGGAGCUGGCCGCCUUCGCCAAAGCCUACGCCCAGAAGUGCGUGUGGGGCCACAACGAGGACCGCGGGCGGCGCGGCGAGAACCUGUUCGCCAUCACGGACGAGGGCCUGGACCUGCCGCUGGCGGUGGAGGAGUGGCACCACGAGCGCGAGCACUACAACCUCAGCGCCGGAGCCUGCGCCGCUGGCCAGAUGUGCGGCCACUACACGCAGGUGGUCUGGAGCAAGACCGAGAGGAUCGGCUGCGGCUCCCACUUCUGUGAGACGCUGCAGGGAGUAGAGGAGACCAACAUCCACCUACUGGUGUGCAACUACGAGCCGCCGGGGAACGUGAAAGGGAAGAGGCCCUACCGGGAAGGGACGCCGUGCUCCCAGUGUCCCCCGGGCUACAGCUGCGAGAACACCCUGUGCGAACCCAUCAGAGGCCCGGAAGAGGCGCAGGAUUUGACUCCCCUGGUGACUGAGGCCCCAUCCACCGUGGCGGAUGAAGCCUCCGGCCCUGGGAAAACCGACACUCCUUCCCUAGCAACCGAGACGCCUAGCUUCUCGGUGCCAGAGGUCCCGGGCUCCCUGGCAACAGCGGCCCCGCCCAUGGCGGGAACAAAGGCCCCAUCUUCUUUAGCAACGGACCAGCCUGCCUCCAUGGCAACAGAGGCUCCGCCCUCCCUAAACUCCGAGGUCCCUUUCGUUUCGGCCUCUCCCACCCCGCUUUUCUUGGAGGAUGGCCCAGGGCCCCUUCCCAGGUCCACCCGCGUUCCCAUCCUGCGAGCUGCCGACGAAGUAGCCAGCAAGACAAGCGCACCCCCCACGAGGCCAGAGAGCUCUCAGCAUCCCACAGGGGCGCCCCUACCCCGUGCCCUGGAGGAGGUGGAGGCGGAGGCCGAGUUGCCCCCUUCCAGCGAGGUCAUGGCCUCCGUUUUGCCAGCCCAAGGACAGGCUGAAGGGGAGGCUGAGUUGCCUCCUCCCGGUGAAGGCUUGGCCACAGUUUUUCCAGCCCAGGCCAAGCCAGGUGAGCUGCAGGCCACACUGGGCCACCUGGGGCACGCCAAGUCCCUGCCCAAUGUCCCCGGUGACUCUGCCUCCGGCAAUGCCGUGGGUGGGCGGACCCUGGCCCUGCAGUCGUCCUUGCCAGGUGCAGAGGGCCCUGAGAAGCCUGGCGGGGAGCCGGGGAGGAGCGUGGGGCACACGUGGGCGCCCGCCUCAGGACUGCUGCUGCUGCCUCCGCUGCUGUGUGCUGGACUCCACUGAAGGGGACGCCGUCCACACAAGGCCUGGUGGGCAACCAGGCCUCAGCCUACUCUGGAUUGUCCUUCUCCAAUACGAGGCCACGGCUUCCUGGGCAGGUCCUGCUCUGUGGUCCCGUCCCCUGGGGAGGCCCCUGUAGGGCCAACCCUUGGCCUGCCCCAGGAGCACCCUUUCUUCCGAGGCAGUCACCCUCGGCGGGCUGCAGGCUGUUCCGGGCAGCGUCAGAGCCCUGCGUGCCUGGUGCCCUGUUGUCCUGUGAGCGUGGCCUGCUCUCCCAGAGCUGUCUCAGCCUCCCCCCACAGCUUGGCUCCUUCCGAGCCCCUGGCCCCUUGCUCCACCCAUCUGGCCCCGGGCUGCCCCCCAGUGCCUCCUGCCUCCCUCGGGUGUAGAGGUCACAGCCCAGACACCAUCUCCCCGGCCAUGUCCCCGGCCCCUCACACAAGAAGCCUCUUGGCUGAAGGCACGUGAAGGUCAAAAGGCUUCGGCUUCUGGGGCGCACAGCCUGGCUGGCCACUGGCUUGGGGACCCGGACUCCUCCUGCCCCCUGCAACUGAGUCCUGGGUGGGGGUCCUGGGUGGGGGUCCUGGGUGGGGCUCCCUGCCUGCCUGGCUUAGGUGACAAGGCCCAUUCGAGUGGGGUUCUAGGGAGGGGAGGGCAGCAGCCCCUACUCCUGAAUAAAGCCUGUCUGACAGCC